AUGACGCCAAGGACGACUUCAUCUGACCAAUUCGACACCGACCAUCCCACGGAGAACUCGGACGGCGAUGAAGAGCGUCCAACCCACACCUCUGAGAUAGGGACGCUCAAGAAGCUUCCCAACCAGAGCGGUACGGCAUGGCUUGGCAGCUCGAGCGGUGUCUACUUCGUCAACACCGUGCGACGUGCGUUCACGCAAGCAUUUGCCACUUCUCAAGGGCUUCCGGCCAGCGAGGACAUCUUGACCGGCGAAGACUCUGAAGGUCGGAGCUUCAAUGGACCUAUUACUGAUGGGCCGUCUACUACUGAUGGCCUUCCUCACAUCCUGUCUUCGUCGCUGGGACGUUUGCCAGACCGCAAAAUUGCACUAGAGCUCGUUAUGAGCUUCUUUAGAGUCUGGCAUCCGGUCUUCCCAUUCCUUCAUGGCCCAUCCUUCCUCAAGGACACCGAACUACUGUAUCAGCGCCCAACACCACCAACGUUCUCUGGUAGUCGUCAAGCCAAGGGCGCUCACCCACCUCAGGAUCUCCGUAAAAUCAUAACAUUCCAGCUCAUAAUCAACAUCGCCAGCCUUGAUCGAAGUGACAUCAUUCUUCCACCCGAAAGCCGUAUUCAGUCGACAGCCGACGUGACUCGAGUUGCCGGGACGUUGGCUCUCGACCACGAUCUGGCCACUCUACAGACACUACUGGCGGCACAACUGUAUCUAGUCUCAACACUUGCCAUUCGUGCAGCAUCUACUGUUGGCGGUACCAUUGUGAAACUGAUCUACCAUGCUGGCCUUCACCGGUGUCCACUACGUUACGCGCAAUUGACCUCCGAACAAUGCGAGAUCCGAAAACGGAUCUUCUGGUCCGCAUAUGCUCUCGAUAGGCAUUGCUCUCUGUCCCUCGGCGAUCCUAACACCAUCCAAGAUGAUGAUAUAGAUGUCUGUCUGUCAGGCAAAGAGCUUCAUAAGGCUGUCGCCCGAGAUUUGCUGCCCAAUCCCGCGGACGAAAUCAAUCUACACUUCCCCGCCGCUGCGCGCAAAACCACAUUAGAUGCAGACGAUGAGGCUGCACGCGAAGACGAAUCUCCAGAAGCGCGCGAAAAGUCACUACGAGAGGCAGCCCUGAUCAGCUACGUGCAUUGGUCAAGACUGACCGGAAGGAUCAUCGAAAUCUUCCACAAGUCUAUCAACCACAGAUUUCCCAAGCACGAGCAAAUCGUGUAUUUAACCUCCGACAUUGAAACAUGGUGGAACGAUCUGCCGUUUUUCCUGACGGGUGAAGAGCCGCAGAAUCACACCUCAGCAUCCGCACCUUCCCCCGCCGGCUCAGAAUCGCCGCAAUCUCAGUUGGCGAAUCUAUCGUCGUUUUUCAAGAUUCUGUAUCAUCGACUUCUGCUUCUCAUGUCCCGGCCACGACUGUCACUUGAUCAAAGUACGCCCGAGUUCCAGCAUGGGUUGCAGGUCUGCAUCCGUGCCUCGCGUAAUAUUUUAGCCGGACUCAAGGGACACAAGACUGCUGGGCAGAGCAUGUUCCUGCCAGGGUUGCUGUCCGCCGCUUGGAUGAGCGGUCUGAUCAUUGCUUUUGCUUGUCAGUUGGGGAAGUACCCCAAAGCAAGAGCGUGCGCAGAUAUACACGCUUGCCUAGACCUCUUGACCUCGAUGAACGAUCGGUGGUACACGGUCAAGAAUUGCCACAAAACCCUGUCACUCCUUCUCCAUAACAUCCAGUCCCGCAAAGCAAGUACAAAUGGCCUACUCUCAGUGGCUAAGAACGACAUGCCAUCGCCCACCGCAAAUGAUGCGCCUUCCAACGAACGUGCUUCAAAACGCCGCCGCACCGAGACGAAUCCGCCCAAAGUCCAAGUGGCCAACGCCAAUUCUGGCAUUCGUCGUGCCUCGACCUCCAGAACCGACCGCGACGUCGACAUGAAUCCGGAUGCGCUCUCGCCGUCGCAAAUGACGGACGGCACGCCCGGAAACACAGCAUCCAACGUGUCCUCUCCAGCCGUGCCAACAUCGAACACCAACAGCGCCGCUGAAGUCCGCACCGCCGCAGGCGUUGCAGCCGCGAAGCAGAGACACACCCCAUCGGGUUGGUCCAACUCCUCCAUCGACGCCACCGCCAAUCCCACCACCAUGUACGACCUCAGCGCCUUCAUCAACCCGACCGUCACAUCUUCCGGUAGCCGCAUGACCAGCAACGGGACCGGGAACUCGAGCCUCAACUCUCAAUUUCCGUACAGCAGCGGCUCGGCGCUCUACUCCACACAGCAAGAGAUGGCAUUCGCACAGAACAGCAUGCAGUUACCAGAGCUGCCCAGCACCAACACGACAGCGAAUUCGACGCUUCCGGGCAUGAUGGAGGACCCGGACCCUAUGUUCUGGGGAAACAUGGACUAUAACCUGGCGGAUGUCUUUGGAAGCGCCACCUGGGAGCAGAUGACAGCCGGAACGCCCUUGGGAGGCGCGCAUGGGGCGGGUUGGGAUGCUGGCGGCGGGCCUCUGUAA